AUGGCAGCCCCCUCCAACCAGCCCCGUUACGGUCUCAACCGUCCUGCCCCGGGCCCCAGUGCACCCACCUUCUCAACCCCCGCGUUCCCCUCAGCGCCCAAGAACGCUCAAAGACUAGAAAGCGAGCGCCUCGAGCGCGAACGGCUCGCGCGCGAAUCGCGCCUCGCCUCAGAUGCAAUGGACGCACAAGCCCUCGCCUCGCUAUCCGAAGAGCAGCGCGAAGAAAUCAGCGAAGCAUUCAAUCUCUUCGAUCUGGAUAAGGACGGAUACAUCGACUACCACGAGCUCAAGGUCGCAAUGAAGGCGCUGGGCUUCGAUCUACCAAAGCAGGAGAUCCUAGGGAUAUUGCAGCAGCAUGGAUCCACGAGUGCUGCCCACCAGUCGGGGAAAGCGCCCGCGAGGGAUAGUGCGAGGGCGGCAGCUCAGGCUAGUUAUGCACCGCCUGCGCGACCGCUCUUGUCUUUCCAGUCGUUUCAGUCGCUGAUGGCGCAGCGCAUAUUGGCAAGGAAUCCUGAGGAUGAGAUUCUAAGAGCGUUUGAGUUGUUUGAUGAGGGCGGCAAGGGGAGAAUUACGCUACAGGAUUUACAACGUGUAGCUAGGGAGCUGGGCGAGACGCUGGGGAACGACGAACUGGUUGCCAUGAUCGAGGAGUUCGAUCUGGAUGGAGACAAUGCAAUUAGUAGGGAAGAAUUUGUAGGAAUAUGUCUUGGGUGA